CAUGCAGUCUGAGCGCACACGGCGGACGAGUCUCUGGAAGGAAGAUAACGGUUUCUUUUUUAGCCCCCUCUCCACUCUCCAAAACAAGAACAAAACCAAACCUGCAUUUUUUUUUUUUUAGGGGGGGGUUUAACAGAGUCUUCUCAUCUCAAGGGAGGAGGGGAAGCGAAGGGAUUUGGAGCCGCAAGUUUUUUUUUUUUUCUUUUUUUGGUUUUUUUUUUUCUUCUUCUCCUUUUUUCCCCCUAAAAAAAAAGAAAAAAAGAGGAUUCUGUGUUUCCGCACGGUGGUUUUUGUUUCUCCGCUUUCUCGCCGCAAAGAUGAUGGUCGGAGAGGUCGAAGUGAAGGAGCGACCGAGGCCGAGUCCCGACUAUUUGAUGCAAUUAUUAAACGAGAAGAAGCUCAUGACCAGUUUGCCAAAUCUCUGCGGCAUCUUCACACACCUGGAACGGCUUCUCGAUGAAGAGAUCAACAGAGUGCGUAAAGACAUGUACAGCGACACAGUCAAUGGCCUUGUGGAAAGACACCCUCUGGAGCUGCCCGAGCCUAUGGGACCCAUCGUCCACCUGCAGGAAAAACUGUUUGUGCCUGUCAAAGAGUACCCCGACUAUAACUUUGUGGGGAGAAUCCUUGGCCCUCGGGGACUCACAGCCAAACAGUUGGAAGCAGAGACGGGAUGCAAAAUCAUGGUGCGAGGCAAAAGCUCCAUGAGAGACAAGAAGAAGGAGGAGCAGAACAGAGGGAAGCCAAACUGGGAACACCUAAACGAGGACCUUCAUGUCCUGAUCACAGUGGAGGACUCGCAGGCCAGAGCGGAGAUCAAGAUGAGGAGAGCAGUGGAGGAGGUCAAGAAGCUCCUCGUACCCGCUGCGGAGGGAGAAGACAAUUUGAAGAAGAUGCAGCUGAUGGAGCUAGCGAUACUCAACGGGACGUACAGAGACAACAACAUCAAAACACCAGUUCCCUUUCUGGAUGUCAACAGCAGAGGGUGCUAUAUGGAUUACAGCAACCAAUAUCACCCUGCAGACUGUCGAGCGAUGAUGCAAGUACACUCGCAGUUACCAUCCACCACCCUUGCAUUCUCUCUUGCAGCAGCGGCAGCAGCCGCUCAGGGCCCUCGCCUAAUAGCGGCCCCCACGGGUCAAGUGUUGCCUCCCCAAGCACUCCGACCCCAGACACCAGCCGGGACUCCCAUCAUGAACCUCAUCCGGCCCACUCAGAUGGCUGCCAUGCUGCCCAAUGGCACCCCCACCCUGGUGCCUCCCACACCGGAUGGCGGGCUCAUCUACACCUCCCCUUACGAGUACCCUUACGCCCUGGCACCCACCUCCCUGCUGGAGUACCCCAUCGAGCACAGUGGGGUUCUAGGUAAGAGAGCCUGGGGAAGCAUGGGUGCGGCAGGUACAGCGCCCAACUUUAGCCAGCCUGGACAGGAGGGCAGCUUGUUUUACCCCGGAGUGGGGGUGCUGGACGCGGCUUCCAUGAGCCACAGUCAGGACUUGUUGAAAGGUGCAAUGGCUACUAAAGUGAGACGGCAUGACACGCGGGUCCAUCCUUACCAAAGGAUUGUGACCGCUGACAGAGCCGCCACCGGCAACUAACACAUGACCUUCUGACCUCUGAACUCUUCACCCAAUGACGAGCCGCCCCAAGCCUGCCUGCUGAUCAGUUAACUGGUAAUUGCCUUUUGCUAGCCUCUCGGACGCAAGUGAGAGAGAAAGAGAGAGAGAGAGAGAGAGAGAGAGGCGCCUGCCCGUACAGUUACCCUAACACAUUCUGACAAAAAAAACAACAACAACAACAACAACAACAACAAAAAAAUAGACAACAACGCAGCAUCUUCACAGAAACACAACAAAACCCAACUACGUUGUGUAAUAUUCAUUUUUUUCCCUCUGUUCAUUGAGUUAAGUUCCCAUUCUUUCUCUUUCUUUUUCUUCAUGAAUCACACACUGGGUGGAUGUGUUUAUGUUGUACUCAUAAAUCUGCACUGAAUUAUAUAGCAAUAAAGAACCCCACCCAAACCUGCCCACCCACCCUCCUUUAUAAGCUCCAAUUUGGUGACCUCAGCGGUAUGAGUCAAAGUUCAAUAACAUCCAUUUGACGCAAACCUAUUUUGGUUUCAGAGAACAAAGUGCUCCCCCCCACCCCUCUCAAAUGCAGGACCCACUCCCCUCCCCUCCCCGCCUCCAACACCCACCACCUUUUUUUUUUUUUUUUUAAAGGAGAGAAAAAGAAACAGAAGGAAAGGGAACAAACGCUCACAUUAACUUGUUUAAUUUCUGUCAUUUUUUCACAUGUAGUGCAAUUUGUUGAGCUCUGAGAUGUGAUGAUGAGCUGACACAUUCUGGGUGUGCACCUCCAAACAGCUUUCUGUCUGUUUUUAAACAAACAAAACACAAAAAAAAACAAAAAAACAAGCAUGGCUGAAAUGAUUGCAAAAGGAGCUUUUUAUGAUUUAUGUGUGUUUUUUUUUUUCUGCUGUCUUUUUUUUUUGUUUGUUUGCUUUUUACUUUUGAGUCAUUCUCUCCACCUGAUUUUUGGUAUUCUCUGUUUUCCAUGUUUGACUAAUUAGCUUCGCUUCAAUCGACUCGCCCCAAACUAUGGCAGGUGUUUUUUAUCUCUGGAAAACAAAGCAAUCUGAUGUUUGAAGCAGGCUGCAGAAAAAAAUAAGCAACCAUGAAGGGCAAGAUGGGGAAGGUCAUUAUUAGGGAUGAGGGGUCUUGUGUGUGUGUGUGUGUGUGUGUGUGUGUGUGUGUGUGGGUGGGUGUGUUUGUGUGUGUGCGUGCGUGUGUGUGUUUUAAUUAAUACUACAUUGAAAGUAGGGUGUGCUGAGGCUACGGGGUUAGUGGUAGUGCUUCUUAGCUACUGACCAUUGCUACGCCCCCAUCCACACUACAUCCAUUAUAACAGUGCCUGAUGUAUUUAGAGAAAAUAUCUCCAUGAGUUAGCCGAGCUGUGAUGGAAAAGACAAAAAACAACAAAGUAUUACGUGUGCGUAUUUAGCCAAAGGGUUUUCCAAUGAAUUAUAUAUCUGCAAUUAUGCGUCUGUCUCACAGAGGGCUCCGAGUGUAGAGGUGUAAAUGUGUGGGGCCUGCCUUCAGCUCACACAGACAGCAGGGUCACUCCAGGUCAAAUCAGACACAGGGACUUUUUAUAUAUUCUACACACUCUCUUAAAUCUGCUCUGUAGGAAAAAUCAAAUAACUCCUGUUUAACGUUUCGCUGAUUACUCUUUACCUCGGGACUUUUCUUAUUUCCACACUGCUUAAAUUAACUUUACAGAAAGACUUUUUUAAAGUUCAACAAGUUCAGACACAGAGCUCCUGAUGCUUUCCCUCUGUAGGAGAGACACCGAAUGAAAUGUCUUUAACAGAUCUGAAUGAUUGACAGGCAUGAACAGAUGUCACAUUUAAAGUUUCUGACUCUUUGAAAUUGAGAAAAAUAUAAAAUAUGGAAAUAUACACACUAAUGCAUUGAAGCUUCCUGAUAAUGAAGAACGUUUGUGUCCAGUGCUUCACUUAGGUGACAUUUUAAAACGCCAAAUUACGCUGUUGACACUUUUGUUGACACUUUUGUUGACACAAGACUGAGAGAUUUUGUUUAAAAUCUGUAUUUUAUUUCAUUGACGACCUAAAUCAAACAACAACAACCUUAAAUCCAGCCGUAAACAUUUCCACAUGAAUCUGGUUUGAACCAGUUCUAAAAAGUAAACCGUCCCCUCUCUCUGAUUUGACCUGGUGUGUGACACUCGCAGGCGGUCAGAUCGUCUCUGACCCAUUAACGCUCUGCUUUUUGAGGAGGCUUAACGUGGGCUAUUAACACUAAAUCAACAUGUUCCUAGGUUACAUGGCGAGGGGGGGGGGAGGGGCACUUUGAAGUUCUGUACAUAAAUGCUUUUCAUCAACCUGGCUUCUAUUUUUAAGUUGUUUCAUCAGCCUCAUUGCCAAAAGAGUGUUUUUAGUUUUUUUCAAUUUUUUUUUAUUUCUGCAUCUCAACUUUUGGUCAACAUUUUUUUUUUACGUUUAGUUUUUUUCAAUUUUUUAACCCCGGUGAAAAUUCAUUUGCAAUAUGAGGCUGACAUUCUGUAAGCCUUUCGUGAACAUGGACACUUGUGUUCUCUGAUGAUGAAACGUUCAUUUCUCACACAUAAAGCGUCCAGAAGAGAAGCGCAUCCACAAUGUGUCACACCUCCCCGGGAUCUCGGACCCGAUCCGGAGCCCAUGAACCUUUUGUUGAACUCUCUCAAGAAAAAAUAGGAUGUGAAAGCCAUGCCUGCCUGUUCAAAUUGCUUUAUACAUACUUAUUAUAUAUAUAUAAAUAUAUAUAUAUAUAUAUAAAUAUAUAAAAAUGUAGAUAUCUGUCAUUGCAUAUACAAAUACAGAAGAGAACAAAAACUAGAUAAUUUUACAGGGUGCUGGAGAAGAGGAAAAAAUGAGAAAUCUAUUUUUGGCAAUUUUAGCUUUUGAUACCUUACUUGCAGUUACAAAAUCAGAAAAAAAGACAUAAAAAAAAGUUUUAAAGCGUAAAGAGGGGGGAAAAACAGACAAGCUGAGUGGGUGAGGAAGAAGUGCUGUUACCCUGGAUAUGAUUUGAAACGAGGAAAAAAAAAAAGACCAAAAGAGUCGUAACCCUGGAAGAGAGCGAGCGAGACAGACGCCUGAAGAGUUUCAAAACAAAACACAGUAUGAUCAAAUCAAAGUGCCUUAUCAACAGUGGUUUCUGUUUCCUGAGUAUUCCAGUUGUGUUCAAUAAUAUCCAGCACCCACCGAGACGGCGCAGAGAGGAAUGGCUAGCGUUACACGCUCUGAAUAGUCAAGCAGGGCGGGGCCGCCACCUCGACGUGGCGUCACCCUCCGAGUUCUUCUAUGCAAAAAGAAUAGCAGUCAUUUUGACCAGCUAAAAUAUGUGCCAUGGUUUUGUCUUCCUGAACUGAUUUUUUGUUUCUCCUUUUUACUAUACGGCCCUUUACUCUGCAGUCCGUGCAGCUUUCUGUUCUCUUGAUUCAGAUUUUAACGAUCAAAUGAAAUAUUGUCUUGAUUUUUUUUUUUUUUUUUUUGUGAACUGUGACAAACUUCCUCGAACAAAUUGAACUGCCAAUAGCAAUGCAGCAGUCUGCCAGAACAUGUUUGGAUCAUGAGCCGAGCAAAAAAAACAAAAACAAUAACACAACAUUCAAGGGAACGGAUAUUUUAAAAAAAAAAAAGAAGGGGGGGGGGGGCCGUCGUCUGCGCUUGUUUCAACUGCUGCAAACUGAAAUCAUCCGCUCCAUGUGAUCUCUGUCAAAUUGACACCAGAAGAUCAGUUCAAUCAGGACGGAUGAAAAGUGCUGACUAAUAAAUAAAAAACAAAACAAAAAAACAACAAAGUUUUCAGUUGUUGAAACAGCAGACGUGCAGCGUGUGACCUGAAGGUGAAAAACAUCAACAAAGCGAUCAUGUCUAAAGUCGUCACCCUCCGACCCCGGCGUCACAAACUUGGCAGUCUUUUUUCUUUUUUUUUUCUUUUUUUUUCAACUCAUAGCUCUUUUCAUUGUGCUGUUACACCGAAAGGUCAUAGAGUUUUUUUUUUUCUUCUUCUCAGUGUUAUUCAAAUUUUUUUAUUUUUUAUUUUAAAUUGAAAAUGCAAUAUUAAAGCAGAUCAAGAGAUGGCUAUUCAGCAUUCGACAGUAUUAAGAAACGUCUCUGUGCAAUGUUACAACUCGCUGUGUCAUUGUGAAAGGCUGGAUAAGUCCAUCAGGUGAAAGGUGAAUUCUAUACCUACCGUAUUCUCUCUGGCCUGCCUACUACAUGUAUGAUAAUGUAAUUAACAGCCAUUGUUACAGGUUUAUAAUGUAUUUUUCUAAUCUCAUUUUAUAUGUAUAUUAAUCAUGUUUUUCUGAGUGCUUUUUUUUUUUUUUUUUUUUUUUUUUUAAGAAAACCCACUGCUCCUUUUUUCUCCCCCCCUCUCUUCCUCCCCCUCUCUCUUUGACAUCUUUAAGACUGUCUCUUGUGGGGAGUGUUGCCUUUUCCCUGUUAUAUAUAUCUUUUUAUUUUUUAGUUUUUUUUUGUUCUUUCCUUGCCAAAUCCCAGCUUGUUUAACUCAUUAGCGACUUUAUUAGUUUCCUUGUCAUAAGUAUUUUUACAUGCUUGCAUUUAGUUUUCAUGGUGUAUGCUGUUAUUUUUCUUAUUAACCUCUUGGCAUUUAUUUUAAUAAAACAUUCUUAGUAAGAAUUUUACUAACUUUGCUGAGAUUUUUGUCUUGUGUUUUUAACCAGUUUCAUGAAUGUAUUUACCUUUUGGUCUGGAUCACGGACUAACACGAUUAAAAAAAAAAAAAAAACAACAACAACAACUUCCGUCUGGCCAUCACUCACACUGACUUAUUGACACUACACAAACACACACACUCACACACGGCAACACAAAACCUGCACGAGUUGAAAAGCUCCGCCUCCCCCUUCACUGCCGCUCACGCACUCUCACCUCUGUGCUGAAGAAACCUGCUCACAAUAUUCACACUCGCCCCGCCCCCCUCCUCCUCCCCUUCCUCUUUCCCUUCAGUUCAAACACCGCUGCUGUAUCUCGUCGCCUCUGUGGUUUGAGACGACCCUCUCGUCGUUAGUUGACCCGUCCUUCUCGUGUGAUGGCAGGAAGAGGGGGGGGGCUUGUAUAAGCUGCAUGUUACUGGAGGUCACUGGUUAUCCUCUGGGUAGGCUUUCCCUUCACACUCCGGUUAAAAGUCGGGUUUUAUUCACUAUUGUUACUAAAGAAAUAAUCCCUGCAGAUAAAAGUCCUCUUUCUCUUCGCUCCUGCAGGACUUAACAAUAAUCUGUGCAAAGACACUGCUAGUCAUCUCUAAAGGAUUAAUGCUACUGAGCAGGACAUUACACUGAGGGGAGGGGGGGGGGGGGCAACAUGUACAAAUGACAGUUUCAUGUGAUAGUCUAAAUCUGUCCCCGCUCUUUCAUUGAUGGUUCCAUUGCGUCCUGGUCAUGCCUGGAUAGCAGUGUUACAGUUAUCACCAGCUGUUGUCUGUUUGGUGAACACUUCUCCCCCAUUUGGCUUAUUGAUAGAAGCGCUAAUACCGGGUCAUUGGGGAGCACCCAUAAUGCUUAGACACACACCAGUACACCGUGCCAAUAUGAAGUACUUUGGGAUCAAAACAACCCGUUCUAUUCCUUCCAGUGUCAAAUGCUGAUCUGGCUUUCAGCCUGCAGAACUCUGGUUGUUUUUUUUUUUUUUUGUUGUUUUUUUUUUCCCGCUGUCGCCCGCUCCUCCCGGGGUUCAUUCAGCUCUCCUCUUUCUCUUUUUAUUCAGCUUUCUUCCUCCUCCACUAAUUCAAGGUAUUGACACUGACACACAAGCAAGCAAAAACAAAAAAAAGAUUAACUUCAUUAAUCCUGAUUUAUUUUUUACUUUAACCCACCGAGUGAUGUCUCAGGAUUUAAUUUUUUUUCCUGCUCUUUUUCUCCAAAAUCUGCACAAAAAAAAAAAAAAAACAUCUUGGCCUAACAGUUUUCAAUUCUCCAUCACGCCUCAGCGAGCAGGAUACAAGGAUUAAAAGAGUCUAACAUCAAACUUAACAUUUCUCUUCCUCUCUGGAAUUAACAUCUUGUGUCUUUGAUCUGAAAAUGUGUUUUUUUCCGCCUCCAACACUUUGCUUGUUCACCAGCAAGUCGAGGCAGAGAUUGGACUACAGGCAGCACAAAUAGAUUCCCCUCUUUAAACUCUGGGAAUACACGCUUUCAUUUAUUAGCUUUUUUUCUGAUUGGCUCCUUUUCUGACCUCAUGAGGAACUUGAGCAGAAGUCCGUCCUUUAGCGGCUCAUUUGUUUGUUUUUACAGAGUAGAUAAAAACAUCAUGAUAUUUUUUCCAGAGCACAAGUUACAACAAACACUGCCAACUUU